UUUCAGUGGCGCGAACGUGCGCAGAAGUCCAAAAAUAUACCCAUUGCGUCGUUUCUCAGAUCUGGCAACAUUGUAUUCUCUUUCUGUAUAUUAUUAUUAUAUCUGAGACGUGUGCUACAGAGUUUUAAUGUUUUGAGGUUACUUUUAUUUUGGAGUUAAAAAAUAAUUUAUUUAUAAUGACUUCACGUUUGAAGAAUGGGAGGUUUGUGAAAAAAAAAGUAGGCGAUAGAGUAGCUAAAGCUCUAACAGCUAUGUCAGAAGCUAAAAAAACAAAAAUUCUCGAAACACUGCAUGAAACUACUCAAUGUAAAAUUCCAGAUGGGAAUUGUAUAGUUGCAUUGGAAAAAUUAGCUAAAAACCUCAAAUGCACCAGCUGCAGCAGUCUUUUAGACAUGGAAAAAAUGUACGGCUAUAACAGAGAAGGACUUCACGUAAAGUUUAAGAUAAAAUGUGAUACUUGUGGCAGAUAUAAUAAUGUUAAUACCGCAGAGUCCACCAAUGGUGUUUCUGAUGUCAAUAUGUCCGUGGUUUUAGGGGCUAUUCAUGCCGGUGUUGGAAAUACUGGCUUAAAUAAAAUUCUUGCUUGUGCCAAUUUACCUCGAGUAAUAGACAAAAUUUAUAAAAAGUACGAAGUUGUAGUUGGUCAAGCAAUAGAAUUAGAAGCUAAAGAAAGUUGCAAGCGAGCUGCUUCUGAGGAAAAAGAAUUGGUGAUAAAAAAUGUCAAAAAGCUGUGUGACACAUUGUAAGCAUCCAUUCUAAUUCAUUUGAACUGUUCAAUGGACUGAUGCUGAUCAUCAUAAUAAUUAUAAAUCAUUUUCUCAACACUGAUUUUUAUAAAAUUGUAAUAUAAUUUAUUGAAAAAUUGUA